UUUGAGAGCGGGAAGCAGUUUAAAAGUAAGGUUAUGAAAUAGUGAGUAAAAUUGUUUGGCUUGAUGAUAAGAAGUAGAUUGAAGUGAGAAACUACAUUAAUAGCUAAAUGUUAGUGAUCUUAAAGAAGAAAUUCAUCAAGACUGAGCGAUGAAACGUUCAAAAACUACGGCCAAACCCAGUCCGAAUCAAAGAAGUAUAGCUUCAUUCUUUACCACUCCAUCCACCAUUUCUAAGGAGAAAGCUGCAAGGGAUAAUUUUAAAAAUGACUCUACCCCUACCAGUUCAAGAAAUGUUCGUUCUCCCUCAGAUGUACCUUUGACAUCCAGGGGGAAAUCAAAUCUGCAUGAUGAUCAUUCAAGCUCAUUGUCUAGUACUCCUUCUAAAAAAAGGAAGAGAGAAGACUCGAAAGUGGAAGGGAGUUUAGGUGCUACUGCUGCACCUCCCUCUGCUUCUGAAAAGGGCAGUCCUAUUAAAAACAACAAAAAACUUUUACUUGUUAAUGGCUUGUCUGUCAGCAAGUCGAAGACUAGAACUCAAUCUACCACUCCUCACAAAACAGAAUCUAUAAUUCUACAGGGAAAAAAAUCUCACUCUCCUGAAAAAGUUUGCUACAGUCUUAACCAUCUUAAAUCUCCAAAACAAAGGACUAGUAUUCAACCUCAGAAAGACAGUAACAAAGCCCAUAAAUCAAAAAUAGUGUUGUCUCCAAUUAAAGCAGAGGAGGAUGAGGUUCUUAAAAGCAUUUUGGAACAUCUAUCUCCGCAUGAGUCUGAUUCAAGAAUGUUUGCUCGGCCUAAAAAUUCUUUUAGUGUUCACAAGAAAACCCUGUUUCCACCCUUAAAGUCUGCGAGUCCCAAGAAAACACUUCAUGAAGAUGAAAAGCUUACCUGCAAAUUAGAAGCAAAAAAAAGUUGUAAGUCUCCGGGAAAACUGGAUACCACAGAAGUAAAGUACCCUGCCCUCCAGUUUGCACCAAAAGAUGUUCUCGGUAGUGCUCCUACUUGUAAAACUUCUCCACCAAAGCAAUCCGUCAAGAAAACAUCACCUAGCAAGGCACUACAUUGCCUGUCUCCAGUGAGAAAGUCUCCAAGAAAGCAUCCCCCUCCCUUGGCUUUAGUUAAGGAGAAAAAAGAAACUGAAGAGGCAAAAGAUUUUCCUUUAAAAUCCCCGGAGCAAACCAAGAAUGCUGGUAAGGAAAAUGAAGUUAUGCCCCUCCGAAGAUCACCUAGAAAACAUCCUUCAACUUGCUAUGAUGCUAAAUCUCCUGUAAAAUCCGAGUCUCAAAAUAAAACUGAUAUAGUUGUUGAUAAUCUUCAAGACCUGCAUGCGGUGUUUCAUGAAGACUUUGAUGACAUAUUUUCAUACAUGUCUAAUUUAAAUGAAGAUAGUAUAAAUUCUUUAGACCUUCAUGAUGCUAAGUUGUGCGAAGUUAUUUCAAUUACUAUUGUAAUUCCUUUCAAGGAAGCUGUCUUAAAUGUGAAAAAUAUUGGAAGCGAGCUAAAAGCCUCUUGUAGGGUCCGAGGUUGCUGGUUGGCAUGUCCAGUUUCGGAGGGUGAUUCAGUUGGCCUGCAGGCUAAGAAAGUUGAUGGAGAAUGGUUGCUGAAUGAUUUGCAUGGCUUCUUGGUCUUACAUCCAGACACUUUGAUAUCUGGAACAACUGUUGUUGGUUCAUUGUUUUGUGCGCGUCGCUCUGUUCUCAGCAGUCUUUUCAGAGGGAUGGACAGUGAUUCAGCUGUAAUGGUUACUGGAAGCAUAAUCCAUGAACUUUUUCAAAUGGUGCUGAAACAAAGAAAGCGUCGUGAGGUUGACAUAAGAGAACUUGCAGAUCAACUAAUUUCUUCCAAGGGUUGUUUACAAAUGCUUUAUUCUGCGAAAAUGAGUGUUGCCCAGAUUCAGAAAGAACUUUCAAACUUUGUACCUCGUAUUGUUGCUUUUGUUGAAAAAUUUAUUGAGCCAGUUAAAGAGAAGGGUGGGAAAACCAGUUCUUGGCUUGGUGCGCCCUUACCCUCUUCGUCAAAGAAUUCUCCUAUGAAUUCAGGUAGAAAACAUGCAUCAACAGAAUGGAAUGGUAAAAUUGUUGGAAUUCGUGAUAUUGAAGAAACUUUGUGGGAUCCAAAAUUGGGAAUUAAAGGAAUGGUGGAUGUCUCUGUUGAUGUAAGAGAUUCACAUGGGAACAAAAAGAUAAUGCCGUUGGAAUUGAAAACAGGAAGAGCUUCAUUUUCUGCAGAACAUCGUGGACAAGUUACACUGUACACAAUGAUGAUGUCACGGAUGGGAAUGGAAGUUGAUUCAGGCUUACUUCUCUAUCUCCGAGAAGGACAGAUGCAGGAAAUAUCUGUAUCUCAUAAUGAACGCAAAGAUCUCAUCCAGCUUCGAAAUACAUUAGCCCAUUACCUUAGACGCAGAAUUCCUGUGAUAGAUGAAAAAUCUGGUCAUUUUGUCCCCCCUAGCCUUCCGGAACCGAUUAGUUUCAAGAGUGCAUGUGAGAAGUGUCCUUAUGGAGUCCUAUGCUCUGUUUAUUUGAAGCGGAAUGGACUUUCAGAACUUUCCAAAGACCAUCCAAUGGUCUCGGUUUCUGCAUCUGCGACACAACAUCUUACCGAAAAUCAUGUUGAUUUUGUCAUGCAUUGGGCAGGUUUGCUUCUUUUAGAAAGCACAGAUCAGCUGUCCUCAUCAAAAUUGAGAUACAUUUGGCGAUAUUCACCCAUAGAGAGGCAUAGGGGUAAACAAGCCAUUGUGAAUCUUCAGUUAAUGAAAGCCAAUGAACUUAGUGGAGGAAAGUUUGUUCACACAUUUACCAGAAAGCUCUCAUCAUUCACUGAAGUCUUAGCAAAUGACUUAAGAGAGGCUGGUUUAUCUACUGGUGAUUAUAUAUUAAUCAGCACUGACACACGUUUGGCAAUUGAGCGGGGUAAUAUUGUUGGCAUAGAUGAAUCCAGUGUGACAGUUGUGUCCAAUAGAAAUUUGUGUGAUCGCUACUCCCAUGAAACAUUUCACCUCGAUUCUAGUGAAUCUGACACUGUUUUGGUAUUCAACCUAACGAAUUUAGGUUGCUUGUUGGAUAACAAUGAGCCUGCUGCAAGACUAAGAGAAAUUAUAGUAGAUAGGACCAUUCCAACAUUCACUACCAGAGUUGAAAAAAACAUUAUUCAAGACUGUUUGUCAAUUUUCAGUAAACUAAACAAAAAUCAGCGGAAUGCAUUGGUGAAAACUUUGAGAGCUGACAGCCAUCUUCUCAUCAAAGGGCUACCCGGAACUGGUAAGACAGCGACAAUGGUGGCCUUGGUACAACUUUUAGUUCGUGCAGGCCUUUCUGUCCUAGUCACAAGCCAUACUCACUCUGCAGUUGACAAUCUCUUGCUACGUCUGAAAAAGGAAGGCCUUAAGUUUUUACGUCUGGGAGCGGACGAACGUAUACACCCUCAGCUCCACCCCUUUUCAGAAAAUUAUUUAACUAAAGAAUGCAGAACACCUGAAGAACUGGACCAAGUGUUCACUAGUCAGCAAAUUGUUGGUGUCACCUGUCUAGGAGCAGGGCAUGCUAGUCUUGCGCAAAGAAGAAUUUUUGAUGUUUGCCUAGUUGAUGAAAGCACGCAAGUUCUUCAACCCUCUAUUCUCCGACCAUUAUUUAGUGCUCGUCGGUUUGUGCUAGUCGGAGAUCCAGAACAACUUCCUCCUGUGGUGAAGAGUCAUCAAGCGCAAAAACUAGGCAUGUCAGAAAGUUUGUUUGCUCGCUUGGAUUCUGAAGCAUCAACUGUCUCUUUGACAUUAAACUACCGAAUGAACCAAGUCAUCACAGAUUUAGCAAAUGGGCUCACUUAUGAAGGCAAACUCUUAUGUGGCAACGAAAUGAUAGCAAAUGCAACAUUACAAGUGACUUCACCAAUGUCUUAUAAGAAACUUUGGCUGUCAUAUUCAUUAUCGACUGACAUUAAUAAGUCAGUGGUGUUUGUGAACACCAGUACAGCGCAAGGCAACCUCAAGGAUAUAAAUGGAGCUAAGACUGAUGGAGAAUCUUCAUGCUGCAAUCAUUUUGAGCAGGUUCUAGUUCUGGAGCUAUUAAAUACCUUUGUUGAUAGUGGUGUAGAUGUGGAAAAUAUUGGUGUUAUGGCUCCUUACCGUGCUCAAGUUUCUAUGUUGACUCAAGCUAUCAAGUCAAACCCAAAACUUGCUGCUAUUGAAGUUAACACUGUUGACCAAUUUCAAGGGCGGGACAAGGAAGCAAUUGUAUAUUCUUGCACCAGGUCUGAUGGAGCAUCUCAUCAAAAACCUAAGGACAGAGAAAUCCUAAAUGACAAGAGACGCCUUACCGUUGCUAUAACAAGAGCCAAGCAUAAAUUAGUUUUAAUUGGACAUUGUGAUACUCUAAAAUUAUAUACUCCUUUCCAGAAACUUAUAUCCUGCAUACCAAGCAGCAAUCUUGUUCCUGUUGAUUCCUAAAUUUCAGAAUUAAGUUCCUAUUUUACUUUUUGGUACUAUUUUAGCUAAGGACUCUUAGGUUAUUUUUAUAAAUAAUAUGGUUGAAGUAUGUCAAA